AUGGCGCAGCAGCACCUUACCCAACACAUGAGGAAGCUGAGGGACAUACCACGGCUUGUCCAUUCGAUGUCUUCGAGGUUCACCCUUCCGUCCCUCAACCUCAGCGACAACAGUAGCGGACGCGACGCAGGUGCUUGUGUCAAAUGGACUGUGCUUGGCGUGAAGAGAUGCCUAGCGGACGAUUUCCAGCACAUGGGCAUCGAGAUGGAGUGGCCCAACUUGUGUGCGUUUGUGGCGUCCGUGUACAUGGCGGUCUCCCUGGUGUUCGCCCUGGGUUUCUACUACUUGUUGAGGAGUGGUGGCCACCACUUCAGUGGAGAGCUGAGCGGGCAGAUGACUGAGUUCGAGGAGUGCUUUUGGACCUCCGUGGCGAACGUGGUGACCAUUGGUUACGGCACCCUCGUCCCAGCCAGUCGCGCGGCGUACACGCUGGCCACGCUGGAGCACUUCGCCGGUAUUUUGAUGUCAGCGCUGUUGCUUGGGAUAGUGGUGACCAAAGCCAGCAUACCGACCUCCAAAAUUGUGUUUAGCGACGUCAUGUUGAUGACCAAGAGGAACGGAGUUCCUGUCCUCAUUUUCCGAGUGGCCAACACAAGGGGCAACUUCCUGCUCAGCCCGGACAUCCGUGUGUCGUUUUUCAAGCCGGUCACCACGAAGGAGGGAGAGGAGGUGUGGAUUGGGAGCCCCCUGGAAUUCACCCAGCCUCCUGUUAUGGCCCCCUGCUUCAAUUUGGUCCACAGAAUCGGCGAAGAUUCUCCUCUCUUUGGGAUGUCUUACGAUGAGCUACUGCAAUCGGGAGGCAAUAUAGGUGCAAGCAUAGGGGCAACUGAUGAUGAAAGCCUGCAGACCUUGUACGCAAGAAAGAUGUGGAGAGUACAGGAGGAUGUCAGGUACAAUCAGAGGUUUGUGGAUGUUCUGAAAGGGGGCAAGGGGGUGGGUCCCAGGAUACUGGAUAUGGCAUGCUUCAACAAGUACGUCUCUAACAGAGGGGCAGACAACGUGGUAGAUCGAAUGCCAUCUCUUAAGGAGGACCCAUCACAGGGGUCAGAUGGAAAGAGCAAGGAGUUGUAG